AUGGAUGUCGAAAAUGGCACGGGGAGAGAGGGAUUCCCACGCCUGGCUCGUAGGAUGGCAGAAACGCCAGACUAUGAGACGUUUGUCUUCCGCAAAUUCGAUCGGCUCAGUGCGCGGAAUCUGCUGCAUCUCGAGAGCAAGCUUGCCUAUCUUGAAUGGCAGCUUGACAAGGCAGAUGAGCAGGCCGCGGCUAGUCCGGACAAUGAGACGCUCCGUUCCCUACGCGUCUGGGAGGCUUUCGAAGAAAAUUCCAAACACGCAGGUCGGCUUGAGCAGACUCGGAUGAAGAUCGCCGAAGACAUUCGCGAAACGCUGAAAGAAUAUCGUAAGAUUUGCUGCAUAGUGUCGUGA